AUGGGUUCGCCGGCGCUCGAGGGCAUCGACUCCGAUGAGGGCCCCAUGGACAACUUUGACGACUUUGACUUUGCGCAGCUUGACAACAUGGGGUCUCAGCAGCUGGUCCAGGAGGGGGACAAGGAGAACGGCGCCUUCCUCGCGUCUCAGCUUCCCACCCGCAACGAGGACGCUGACGAGGCCGCUCACCGUCACCGCACUCCGUACAACUCGCAGAUACCGAGAACCCCCCACCAACCCCAGAUCGGCGCCCUGGAUGGCUCGUCCCUGCGAGCCGCGUCCGAGAUGCUCCUUCAAAGUUGCGGUUUGUCGCCGCCUGGCCGCCCCACUUCUGCAUCGCGCCCGCCCAGAGCUGCGAGUGGCCACCCGCCUAGUGCGAGAAACCUCAAGCGCAAGCUCGCGCAGGUUAACGAGAGCCCUCUCCUUCUGAGCACUAAUCCCUUCGACGAUGCCCCGUUUCCUGGCCAGCCCACCUUCCAGCCCACCUUCUCCGACGAACCGGACGACUUCACGCAGAUGGCCAACAACUUCGACCCGACUGCCGAGGUGAAGCCUUUCGAGAUGAUCAGCCUCCCCAACGGAGUGUGGGAUCGUCUUCAGGACGAGCAGAAGGCGCAGAUCCUUGAGUUCAACAAUGAGCUUCUCCACACAACUAUGACAAUGUCCCUCAUGGUUACUCAGGCCCUCUUCUCGGCCAACGAGGGCACUCGCACAAAGCUCGUCGACAUGAUGACCAAGAUCAGAACCGAGGAAGAGAAGCAUCGUCAGAAUGUUAUAAAGUUCCGCCGCUUUGCCGAGUUCCUCGAGUCGGGCAUGCUGGCGCUUGGCGGCGGGGUCCACGAGUGUAGCGAUCGCGGCGAUCCCCGUACGAACGUCAAGCGCAGCAACAUGAGGCGUGGGCCUAGUGACCCACGUUUUUAUCGAUAG